CCGACAUCAGCAAGAAGAUGAUCAAACAGGGGCAUAUUAUUGUAUCUAUAUUCAUCGUGACAGGAAGUUUAGGUUUGGAACAAAAUGAAAAACAUCCGUUAAGAACCGAAAUCAUAACCAAGGAAGAAGAGGUACCUAUCCCCUUUAAAGUCGAGAAGCACAUUCCAGUACCAGUGGAAGUACCAGUCGAAAGACCGGUUCCUUUUCACGUACCAAAGCCUUAUGCAGUCCACAUCGAAACUAAAGUACCUGUUCCGAUAAAAAUCGAAGUACCGCAUCCGUACCCAGUCUAUAAGGAAGUCAAUGUACCAUUCGAGGUGAAAGUUGAGAAGCCGGUGCCAUAUCACGUAACCAAACCGGUUCCAGUGUACGUCGAGAAGAAGGUACCUUAUCCAGUUGAGAAGGAAGUGCCGUACCCGGUAAAACAAGUGGUUGAAAUCCCUAGGCCAUACAACGUACCCUAUGUCGUUGAAAAGAAGAUUCCCUAUGUGGUCGAAAAGAAAGUACCAGUGAAAGUCGAAGUACCUGUUGAGAAGCCUUAUCCAGUGGAAGUUACCAAGCCGUACCCUGUACAGUCGAGAAGAAAGUACCGUACAUCGUGGAAAAGAGAGUGCCAUAUGAAGUGAAAGUACCCGAAUUUAUAAAAGUUCCUGUACCCGUUUAUGAGCAUUCCGCUGGAGAUAACUCAAAGCCUUCUGAGGAGGGACGAAUCGGUGUUGAACAGUCUUCUCACACGUGAUUACUGAUGUUCAAUUCAAUUUUUUUUAUUAAUGUUUAUAAUUGUUAAUUU